GCGAAAGGGAAAGUUCGAAUUGCGGACGCGUGACCCGGGAAAUCCUCCGUUUUUCCGGCUGUUUUUCCGCGCUUUCUGCGGCCUGCGUGAGAACGCACUUUUGCGUAUUAUGAGUGGAGAAUGAGGCGAGCGACACGCGCAUUGCCGGGUCAGUGUCAGGCCCUCCUCAUCAGACUCAUUAUCGUCGUGUGCGCCGCAUUAAUAAUUCAAUGUGAGCGAAUCGACGAGGCGAAAGCUCAGCCGAGACGCGAACCCGGCGAGGUGAAUUCGUGGCAGCCCGACAACGGAAAUGGCACCGCCCGCAAUCGAAUGCCGCGCAGUGUCUUCCAUGUGCGCUGGAAUCCCAACGAGAAAUUCAUUGUGGAGAGCCGCGAGAAUCCGGCCAUCAACUCCUCCAAAUUGGCCCCACAUCCGCGGCUGAAGGUGUCCAAGAACACCAAGCUCACCCUCAGCCCCAAGCUAUAUCUCUGCCAUGACAAGCACUCGGAACUGUGCCACAACAAGACCCAGCAGUUCCGGCAGCGGAUUGUCCAGACCUUCGAGAAGGCCAUGAUUGAGUCGGUCAACGAGUCGCAGGCGAACCACUACAACGUGGACUACAAGCCGGUGUUCGGGGACAGUUUCGAGGAGCAGUACUACCCGUCCACCUGUCUGGUCAUGGAGGCCGGCGUGCGAGUCCUGCGCCGCAAGGAUACGCCCUUCAACAAGCUGCCCUUCGGACGGCUCUUCCCGCGCCAGAAACUCUUUCGCAACAUCAAGGACAUCAAGACUUGUGCGAUCGUCUCCAGCGCAGGUUCCUUGGCGGGCUCCAAGCUAGGUCGCUUUAUCGACACGCACGACAUUGUGAUGAGAUUCAAUCAUGCGCCCACGCAAGGACACGAGGUGGAUGUUGGCAGCAAAACCACAAUUCGUGUGGUGAAUUCGCAAGUGGUGACCAAGCCCGAGUUCGACUUCACCCAUGCCCCAAUCUUCCGGAAUGUGACGAUCGCCGCCUGGGAUCCGGGCAAGUACAAUGGCACCCUGGAGGAUUGGCUCACCAGUGCGGACUACGAUCUGUUCACCAACUACGAGAUAUACAGGCGUCGAUACCCCAAGUCACGGGCCUUCCUGAUCGAUCCCCAUUCGGUUUGGAGACUGUGGCAGAGCUUGCAAAUGUUUGCCGGAAAUCGAGCGAUCAGCCGGAAUCCACCCAGUUCCGGUUUCAUAGGAUUGGCCCUUCUCCUGCCGCAUUGUCCGCAGGUGGACUUCGUGGAGUAUGUGCCCUCCACUCGGCUCAAUGGCCGCUGUCACUACUACAGCAAGGAGAUGAAUUCCGCCUGCACAUUCGGCUCCUGGCAUCCGCUGGCCGCCGAGAAGCUGAUGGCCCUGGACAUGAACAUGGCCGAGGACGAUGACAUGUCCGUCUUCCAGUUCGGCAUCCUGCGGAUUCGCAGGCCGGACAAAUUGCUCUGCGGCUUCAAUUUCUUUGGCUACUGAGCUACUGGG